AGAUUCUGGUUCAUUUUUAAUUUAUGCAAAUUCUGCAUAUUUACGAUUUUGGCGAUGGGCUGGGAAGAUGUGGUACGUGUUUUCAAGCGGCUGAAUAAUGUUUUCGAAAAGUAUGAAAAGUUGCCCUCGUUUAUUUUGAAACCAAAACAAGUUCAAUGUUUCGAGUAUUUAGGAGAAGGACACCACGUUAUAGCUGUUUUGCCUACUGGGUUUGGUAAAUCGUUAAUUUAUCAACUUUUACCCGACUUUGUUCCAGAACGAAAGGCAGGCAAUAUUGUACUUGUUGUCUCUCCUUUAACAUCAAUUAUUCAAGAUCAGUUAGUAAAUUUAAGUAAAGUAGGCAUUGAAUGUGGUUUCUUACAACUCGAAGACCAAGCUAAUAGCCAGAGAUACGAACCCUUGUUUGAGGAAGAUUUGAAUGAUGCAUCAAAUUCUGUUUUUAAAAUUUCAAAAAGCAUUGUUGCAGGCAAAUGUAAAAUUUUAUUUGCACAUCCAGAGUCACUGUUAUCAGAUCAGGGAAGGAAGAUAUUAUGAUCAAAAAUUAAUGAGGAAAAUGUUGUGGCUUGUGUGAUAGACGAGGCGCAUUGUGUGGAAUUAUGGCGUAGAUGGCAACAUCUUCUGCAACGAGAGAUUAACAAGAAGAGCACCUGCAACACUUCACUUCUCCCUCGAGCCAUAUUUAUGAAUGCAUUACCUAGCUGGCUAGCAACAACACCGACUACUUUUUAACAAAAAAUAUCGUAUAUUUGAAAGAAAUUCUUACUUUAGCUAAGACAUCUUUAAAAAAAGGUGGAGGAAAUGAGAUUAAAAAGGAAAAAUAAUGCUUUUUAAGGAUUUAAAACCACCAACAACAACGACGCCACAUCUUCCGGUGCCAUAUUUGUUUAUGUAUCACUUUUAGGAUUUUUGCUGACGCCAGCUAAAAGCGUUGCAUAAUUAGGGUAACGCCG